GCGAAGAUUUCAGACUUUGGGCUUGUGAGGAAGGGCGAGGGCACGGCAGUGCAGAGUACACGAGUGGUGGGAACACCAGGCUAUGUGGAUCCCUCUUAUGCCGCGUCCAAUAAGGCCACCACUGCCACUGAUGUCUACAGCUUUGGCAUUCUCAUGCUUGAGCUCAUGACGAGCCGUCACAUCAGCACCAAUUCAACCGCCGAUCCCUCCGAUGAAGAGGCGGGUCAGCAGCUGCACAUCCUUCCCUGGGUCCAGCAGCAGCUGGCUCAAUCCGGCAGCAACAGGGCGGUGGUGGCAGGCCUCAAGGACGCGCGCAUGGAGGCGCGGGAUGAGUUGGUGUUGACGGUGGUGCAGCUGGCACUGCGAUGCACCACCAAGCAGAGCGCCAUGCGGCCGGCCAUGGGGGUGAUUGCAGCCGAGCUGGAGGCCGUGCUGGUGGCGCUGGGCGGCGGUGCACGCAGCAACUCCGCCGCCCGGCAGGUGGACCAGCAGGUGGAGACGCAGAGGAUGUCAGGUUCUGAUGUGGAUGCAGAGAUUGCGCGCCUCGAUGCGCUGUGUCAAGGCAACUGA